AUGCAAAUUUCUGCGCUACUGUAAGAAUAAACUAGCUGAUUGUGAAUUCAACAAAACAGGACUAAAGUAUUCUGUUUGUAUACCAUAGCAGACUAUGUACCCAGGGCCAUGUCAAGUGUGGAAAUUAUGAUUACCGACAGGCGGCGCCAUUUUCGCUAUUGCAGACGGAACUGCAGUCGCGCACGUGUAUCCGCCGAGUGAACGACGCCACGCGGUCAAAGCCUGUGAUUGUUUGUGUGUGUUUCUUUUUCCCUCUUCUUCGUUUUCACACGUGCAAAUCAGUUGUGUGCCGGUCGACAUGUUCGUACCGUUCAGUGCUUUUUCGGCCGUUAACGAGAAAGUAUCUCACGACUAGCACAUAUUCGAAGAGCUUGAAACACGACACAAUGCCGGAUAAAGUUGCGCCGGCCGAGAGGCAAGUUCUGAGGCCCGCGAAGACCGACGACGAUACGGAAGCUGUGAAAUUGAAAAAAGAACUGGGGUUAUUGGACGGUGUGGCAAUCAUUGUGGGUAUCAUCGUUGGCGCCGGGAUUUUUGUUUCACCGAAAGGUGUUUUACUGAAUAGCGGUAGUGUUGGCCAGGCUUUGAUCGUCUGGGUCUUUUCUGGUGUCUUGUCGUUGAUCGGCGCGCUUUGCUAUGCGGAAUUAGGUACCAUGAUCCCCAAGUCUGGGGGCGACUACGCAUACAUUAGCGACGCUUUUGGACCCCUACCAGCGUUUUUGUACCUGUGGGUCGCAUUGUUCAUCCUUGUUCCAACAGGAAAUGCAAUCACAGCUCUAACAUUCGCCCAAUACAUUCUUCAACCAGUUUGGCCAGGCUGCGUACCGCCCUAUGCAGCAGUUAGGCUACUUGCAGCUGUUAUCACAUAAUGCCUUGAGAAGAUGCGAGUAUGAAAUAAUAUGUAAUUUCAUUUAACAUAGAGUACAUUUACAGUUUUUAGAUG